UAACACGUCAUUCCAUGAUGGCUGAAGAUCCUGGCGGAACAUUUUUCAAUUUCUCUGUCAUUUUUCUUUCUUUCUCGCUACCUCAGCUUGCCAUAGAGACAUGGCAGGACUCACAACCCCGUUAAGCGUCCACAAAUCGUUAGUGUCGACAUGCCCAAGAAAGGGAACCGAAAACGGCUGAAAUUUAGGGCCGGAGGCAUUUGUUCGGAAUCAGUGACCGUUGCUGAUUAUGCUGAUGCCGAUCCAGCCGUUGUGAAGUCGGGGAGGAUGAAAAAAGCUGUUGCAAAUGCAGUUGAAAAAGAAGUAAAAUUACUCUGUGGCCUGGAAGCAUCUCAGGGUGCUGUAGAAGAGGUCCUCUCGUCUGCAAUGAGUGUCAUAGCAGACGCUUUGGACAGCAGUGAUGACCUAGACCCCGAAGAAGAGGAAGAAAGUGAAACUAAAGUGGCUCACAAGAAGAAAAACAAGAGACGAAAGGCGAGCAGUGAGAGCAGUGACGGGGCAGAGUAUCCAGUGGACAUUUGGUUAGUGCUCUCCUCUUAUAUUCGGCCUGAGGAUGUGUGCACGUUUGCACUAAUCUGUAGGAGUGCCUGGACGGUCACCUGCACUGCAGUUUUUUGGACCAGGCUCUACAGAAGGCACUACAAGAUCGAUGUUGAUCUGCCAGUUCGUCUACUGCCUGAAUCUAUUGACAGGAUGCACUGUCUAAGGGCCCGUGUGAUUCGCUCCCUUUUCCAUUUGUAUGAGCCGUUCAGCUUACGUGUCUCCAAAAUUCCUGCCCUGCCAGAAUCCACGCCCACAACCCUGCUCAACUCCAAGUGUUUAUUGUUCUGGGUCAAGAAGGUGUCAGGGACUCGGCCAGAGGCAUUGUGGGAGUUCAACUUCAAGUUUAUACAGGAGCAGGGACACAGUAAGAAUGGUUGUGCCAAGUCCUUGCACAUGCCCAUUCAAUACAAAGAUGUCCACACAAACCCAGACUCUGGCUGCUACGUGCUUCAAGUCACCACACUCAACUUCAUUUUCACCCCUGUGGUUAUGGGCAUGACGCUCACCCUGUUCACAAUCAACGUCAGCACAGACAUGCGCCACCACCGCGUUCGUCUGGUGUUCCAGGACUCACCGAUCCCACGGGGGAAGAAAAGAGGGGAUCAGGGUGGGAUUCAGGUGGUGUUGGAUCCCGUACACAGUGUGAAGCUCAUGGACUGGUGGCAUCCACAGUACCCCUUCUCGACUUAAACAUAAGCGUCUUGCCCUCUCGGAUCUUACUACAGCAGAACAUCUCACCAAGAACCCUGCCGUCAUUUCAUCCCACUCGCCCAACAGAAAUAUGAUAUUGGAUGAUCCUGCAGAACCCUUGAUUACAUUCACUGACAGUGUUUCUGCACAUUCACAUUUUUGAACAUUCGUCUGUGAUAGUUAAAAUAGUUAAAGUUAGGAAAACGAAAACACUUGAACUUGAAAUUGGGGAUUCAUUGUUGGAUAAUGCAGAAAGCCAAUAUUUAUUAUUGGCCUAAGAUGGGACACAAACCUCACCUUUCAGUGUCAAAAUCAAUCACAAUGCAUGUCUGUCCCCGACACUGUUUCCUGCUGCGUUAUUUAAACAUCACAGUUCUUCCUGCAUUGGUACUGGAUGUAAAUUGUGUACUGCAGAAUCGUCCAAUAUGAACAUUAUUCCUAUAGCUGGUCAUUAAUACAAAUCCGUGUCCACAUAGUACCUCCUAGCCCCUAGAGAUACCUGGGGCCAGAUGCAUAGAGCUCAAACUUUGUGUAUGCACAAAGACAGAAAUAUGCAUACACAUCGUUUUGGUCCGAUUUCUAUAAAGCCAUGUGAAUGCAUUGCUCUAUUUCAUAAGGCUCAGUCACUGUGGAAGUGGUCGCAUGUGCCCAAGCCCAUUUCCACUCUCACAGUUAGUCAUAAAUGGAUGGUGACACACCCUUAGCUGUCUGGCAUAUAAGUAAUUUGGUCUGUUUCAACACUUAUUAGACUUGUCAUUGAAAAGGCCGGGCAAAGAAAGAAGUGCAAUUUUACAGAUUGUGUUGCAACAAAGCCAGAACAGCUCUCAUUAGGAAAGACUUAUGCACGCCUGUGGCUAUUUAUAUCGCCCAAAUCAUUGCAUGUACUGGGAAAUCUCAGUCAUUGUAGUUAAAAAUCAGAGAAAUGAUCUAUGAUUGAUUUAUAGCGAUCAGACUUUACAAAGUGCUUCACAAUUAAGGAUAAAAAUGAAAACCUCGUUAACACAGGGAAUGUGUAAAUAUAAAGAAUGAAAUUCAUGAAAUGAUUUAAAAUCAAGUUUAUAAAUGCACCUUUUAUUUAUAUUUUACAGAUCACAAAAAGACUGCAAAAAGAAUUACAAUGAAUUUGGUCUUAUAUGUUUCAAAAAACUGUUCAUAUGCUUGGUCUGAAGUAUUUGUAAGGUGCACACUGCACAUUUUCCUUACAUAAGUGGGAAAUGGCAUAUGCAUGGCUUUUGUGUGUUCACAUCAUUUAUACAUGUGGCCCCUGGAAUCUCUCCUCAUCUUCAGCAGUUCCUUAUUGAAAACAUGCAGAGGGCUUUGUAAUAUGAAAAACAAAAAAAAUGGCAUGAUAACAAAGAAAACCAUUAUCUGAAACAGACAUUGACAUUUGUGUAGUAAAUGUUUAGUACACUGGACUGCAUAAUAGUGGAAAGUCAGUUUCAGAUGGCAUUCCCAAGCAUUCCAGAAAUCCUUCUGGGAGAAAUCUCACUUAAACAUUGUUUGCAAAAAACAAUUCAAAGUCAAAUUUUCCCCCACAAUGAUUUAGUAAUAUAUAUUUCACAAUAUAUAAAAUACUGCGAUGUGAUUACAGUGAUAGUUGAUAAAUGUUUAUAUAUUGCCCAGCCCUACAUACAUGGCAGAGAGGAUCAUGUGUAUUUGGAGCUACCAGUUGCAUAAAAAGAUUUAAAAGUUUGUUAUUUCUCCUACACAGACAUGUGUGACACAUUUUCUAGAAGAGUUUUUGAAACUUGGAUUAACAGGGUUGAACAUUUGUACUGUUGUCCCCUGGUUGUUUUAUGCUCACUUGAAAAAGUUAAUCUAAAAUAUUUUUGAUUUGCGUUGGUUUGAAUUUUGACAAUGUUGCAUCAACAGAGUUGUAAUAUCUUUUUAAAACCAUGUUUUGUUUUUUCUUCAAUGUAUUUAAUUUCAGGCAGCCUCACUUAGUAUUAUGUGAAUAUUAAUGACACUGCUCUGCAUUGAAGGGGCCAAAGAGAUGAUUUACCUCAGAUGUCAUCCACUCAUCUGCUGAUUUGGGCAGCGUUUCUUUUCUUUCAAGUGUUUCUUGGCUAAAAACACUUUGAUUGUCUCCUUUUUGAUUGUGUUAGCCAUGUCCUCAACUGCCACCUGUGAAAUAUUAGUGUUAAAAGUGGUCUGUCUUUUACAUAUUGAAUGUGAGUAGAAUCAUACCAAUCUCAUGCUUGAUCAUGAAGUGCUAUGGAGAGAGAGAGAGCUACCAUUGACAUUGAUUUCCUUUUUUUUUUCCAUCGGACAUAGUCAGAAUCAUUUAACCUGGAUUUGCUUGCAGAUAUAGAUAUAAUGUGACAUUUCUGUUCAUUUGAUUAACCACACACAGUGUAGACUUGUAGAAACAAAAAGCUAGUUGAUGGCAGUACCCCAUAGCAGAAGACACUUGGAUGUUCUGGUUAGCAGCAGUUGAUUUUUUUCUAGUGGGUGGUCAUUUUUGUCAGAUAAGAAUUUACUGCACUGAAAUAAAGACAGAAACUGCCCAUC